AUGCCCAAGUAUACCGAAAAGGACUUGCAAGAAGCCGUCCGUGAAGUCCACCAAGGCACUUCACAACGGUCAGCUGCUAAACGAUGGCAUAUCCCACGAGCAACGCUGCAAGACCGACUCAAUGGUGGCAUUUCACAUGCCGAAGCCCAUGAGUGUCGACAGCGUUUCUCACGGCAACAGGAAAAGCUGUUGUCCCGCUGGAUCUUCCAUCUUGUUGCCCUUGGAGUUCCUCCAACUCAGGGACAAUUUGAGGAAUUCGCCAGCCGCAUCUUGGUUGUACAUGGAGACAACCAGCCACUGGGCAAACACUGGGUGCAAGGGUUUUUAAGAAGAAACUCUGAGGUGAAGUUGGUCAAAGGUAAGCUUAGCCACAGCUUCUGUGAUAAACUUUCUUCUAUUUUGCUCUUGCUGUGUGCUGGAUAA